GUGGUUUUUGUUUUGUCUCACAUAAACCAGAUUCAAUUACGCAUUGCACCUUUAAGAAGCUGUCACCGGAUUAGGUUUACGCGCAGCCAGCCAAGGAAGGCUUUUACGCACCGUCGGUUCCAGAGUAGGGUCUCCGUCAGCGACGUGUCCCCCUCUGUCUCUCCUCUUCUUCACUGCUCCUGACACCGCCGGGGAGCCCUCCAAGCCUCCAGACAUGGCCGAAAUGGGGAAAGGGGUCACCGCUGGGAAACUGGCCAUCAGUGUCCAGAAGAGGCUCACCAGAGCGCAGGAGAAGGUCAUGCAGAAGCUCGGCAAAGCAGAUGAGACACGAGACGCCGCCUUCGAGGAAAUGGUGGCCAACUUCAACAAGCAGAUGACAGAAGGCAGCAAACUGCAGAAAGACCUGAAAGCCUACCUGUUAGCAGUGAAAACGAUGCACGACGCCUCUCGGCGGCUCCAGGACUGUCUGGCCGACAUGUACGAGCCGGAAUGGUUCGGCAAAGAGGAGAUGGACGCGCUGACGGAGGAGAUGAUAGAGAAGGAGAUGGACAAUAACUUGGAGGACACAGACACUCUGUGGUUAGACUACCACCAGAACAUCACCGACAAAUCUUUGACCAUUCUGGACUCGUACCUGGCUCAGUUCCCUGAUAUCAAGGCUCGCAUAGCGAAGCGGGACAGGAAGAUGGUGGACUUCGACAGCGCCCGGCAUCACUUCAGCUCCUUACAGAAGGGAAAGAAGAAGGACGAGGCCAAGAUCGCCAAGGCCGAGGAGGAGUUGGGUCGAGCUCAGAAGAUUUUCGAGGAGCUGAACGUGGAGUUACAAGACGAGCUUCCAUCACUGUGGGACAAUCGUGUUGGCGUCUAUGUUAACACAUUCCAGGGCCUGGCAGGUAAUCAGGAGAAGUUCCACGGGGAAAUGAACAAGCUCAGUCAAAACCUGAACGACAUCAUGACCAAACUGGAAGAGCAGCGGGAGCAGAAAAAAGGUGCUACUGCAGAAGCAAAGACAGGAGACGGUGCCAAGAGUGAGGCAACCAACCACAGUGAAUCAGCCAGCCCAGCACCAAAGGUGGUGCAGAGGCCCGGUCCUCGGCCCGGUCCUCCUCCCGGUCCUCCUCCCGGUCCUCCUCCCGGUCAUCCUCCCGGUCCUCCUCCCGGUCCUCCUCCCGGUCCUCCUCCCAGUCGGCCUCCGCCCCGACUGAUUCCGUCUCCGGACCCGAGGCAGCAGCGGGUGGACCCGGUAGAGGACGAGGCCUCGGUGUCUGACGCUAACACAGACUCCGUUACCACGACGACGCAGCAGAGUGCGGUGACCAACGGCUCAGAAGGAGACAUGCCUCCAGGAUUCCUCUACAAGGUGAAAGCAGUACACGAGUACGCCGCCACGGACGGUGACGAGCUGGAGCUGACCAUCGGAGAUUCUGUGCUGGUUAUGGCCUUCGACAACCCAGAUGAACAGGACGACGGCUGGCUCAUGGGCGUGCAGGAAUCUCACUGGGUGCAGAACAAAGAUAUUUCAGCCAAAGGCGUUUUCCCUGAGAACUUUACUCAGAAGGUUUAAAGGUGCAUCAGCCCCUUUCAGUGCCCCAAACUCCUCAAAUAUAGAUGUAACUGGAAAAGACCUGGUGGAAUAGUCACUAAAUGUUAAAACAUUAGGAAACAUCUUAGCGGCUACGACACCAAAUGAUUUGUUUGUGCCAGUUACAUAUUUACAGAAAUCCAAAUUCAGCGUUUGUAGUAAAAAAGAGGAUUAAGUUUCACCCUGACUCACUAUAUUUUGGUAAAUUUAGUCAAAUUGUACACCAAAAUUUAAAACUUCUUGAUUUUGUUUGGAUUUCUUAUUCCUGUUUAUUUAUAUUCUGAACUCAAACGAGACAGGAACCCCAAUGUGUUGGUGAUAUUCAAAAAGGAUUAAGUUGUGGAUGUGUUGUAUGAAUGUCAGAAUGUUUAUUGUCAACAGUUUGAGGGCUUCGCAGUUCCUUGCAUGAAGCAUUUGAUUGCCUCGUCGUUGUCUUUGUCGCACUGUGACACCAGGUCGUAUCGCUCUAUGAGGUGUCCUAGAAUAGAGCCCUGGGGAACACCACAGAUAUAAACAGGACGUUUGCACGGCGCUGCCUUGCAUUUUCAAAAAUCUAUUAGUUUCUUGGGCUUGUAGGAUUAUCAAAGGGAACAGUAGUUUUUAUUUCACAGGCCAUUUUGAGGACAUGACUAAAUGUGUGGCUUACAUUUUUUUCUAAUGCACAUAUGCUUUUAUUUUGGUUUUAAGUCAUAUUUUCAUUAAUGGGUGAAAUGCAAAACCUGAUCAUCAAACUUUCCUCCAUCUUCUUUAGUUUAAAAAAUACUCAGGGGAUGAAUGCUAUCUUUCGACAUUUCCCCUGUGAAUUGAACAGCAUCUCUGUGUGCCCAGAACACUGCAUCACUACUGUGCCGACGCUUUUUCUUUAGAAAUCAGGCUGCAUACUUUGAGCCCGAAACGACAAUGCAAGCAGCAAAGUGAGAGACUCCAUUUAAACCUUAUUAAACAAAGUUGAACCCAUGCAAACUGUAUUUUUAUAUUGUGUGGAGUUGAUGAACAAGGUGAUAACUAAUUCACCAUCUGUUGGUCCGUGUCAUUAAAGAUGAAUG